AUGGCUGUUCGGGUUUUACGUCUAUACGAUCGUGGUAUCACGUGUCAAAGCGAUCCGGGUAUCACGUCUAUGCUGUCCGUGUAUUACGUCAAUGCGAUCCGGGUGCAAUUAUAUAAUAUGCACCACUUGAGAGACAACUUUAUAUUAAAUAUGGCGGCGAAUGACUCGGGUAUGGAAGUGCCAAUUGAAGUGGCGAAUGGCAGAUAUAAUACCAAUUAUAACGAAUUCAAAUUAAUUGGUUAUGGUGGUUAUGGCAAAGUUUAUCAUGUUGAGUCUAAAAUGAACAACAAUGUUUACGCAAUUAAACAACUUGAGCUACUUAAAGUGGAUCCAAAUUGGAAAUAUAUCAACCGUGAAGUUAACUUGGUGCAAUCGUGCGAUCACAUAAACGUGAUAAAGUAUUAUGAGGCGUGGCGCGAACAGGGUGAUCCUGAAAAUGAACUUGAUAAAAUUUACAUUAUGAUGGAUUUCUGUAAUUACAAUCUACAUAAUGUAUCUGAAUUUAUCACAAACGUUUAUAAACGCAACUCAAGAGAGGUGAUACGCCCGGUUAAUUAUUUUAUCUCAAUAAACUUGGUCGAAGAGAUUCUCAACGGUUUAAACUAUUUACACGGCAUGGAUAUAAUGCAUCGGGAUGUAAACCAGAGUAAUAUAUUGGUCAAACAACAAGGUGAUGGAUGGGUGGUUAAGAUAUGCGAUUUUGGAUUUGCUAAACUUGAAGAGUCUGGAUCACUGCAUACGGUCAAUGUGGGCACACUAACCUAUCAGGCGCCCGAGGUGAAAUGGGGCGGUCUAUACAAUAAGCUGGCCGAUAUAUUUAGCUUGGCAACAAAAUGGCUGUACACAUCGAGCUUAUAAGUUUGUUGGUCCGUAUGAUUGCUGGUAAAGCAUCUGAUAGACCGGGGUGUGCAGAAAUAUUGACACUAAUUGGUCAACAACCAAUUGUUUAUAAUAUUUCUACUGUGUGCGCCGAUCAUGAUGGUAUAGCUUUAUUGGGGAAAAAUGAAUUUUUGCAACAGUAUUAUAAUUUUAAAAUAAGGUAUAAAGAUACUCAUUUA